GUCACUGUCAAAUUAAUGCUGAAAUUGCUGAAAAAAACAAACACCGAAUUUUACAUAAUCAUUAGUAUUCUACGAAACUCAAAAAGCAAUGUAUUGUUAUAAUUAAUAUAAGUGUAGUUCCGCGUAAAUUCAACGAUAGUUCGUAAAGUUGUGCCUUUUAAGAAUCCGUUUCAAGUGAGCACCUAACCUCAAACUCUACAAGCUUCAAGAUGGUAGUAGAUAAAAGCCCUUUAUCCGGCAACGUUCUGGAGCAAUUCGUGCUCCUGGCGAAGACUACGAAGGGCGCGGCGUGCACCGAGUUGAUCAGGCAAGUCCUGGACGCCCCAGGGGUGUACGUGUUCGGGGAACUCCUAGAUAUGCCCAACAUUCUGGAACUGGCAACGACUAAUAGGAAGUACUUCAACACGUUAGAAUUAUUCGCUUUCGGCACGUUUAAGGACUACCUAGCUAAUAGAAACGAACUGUUGGAACUGACCUGCGCGCAGAAGAAGAAACUACAGCACCUCACCAUAGUUACGCUAGCUACGAAAUCGAAAUGUAUCCCUUACAGUACUCUGCUCGUCGAAUUGGAUAUUAAGAACGUGAGGGACUUGGAGGAUCUCAUUAUCGAAGCGAUUUACGCCGAUAUCAUACACGGGAAAUUGGAUCAAAAAAAUAGCCAGCUCGAAGUCGAUUAUGCAGUCGGUCGGGACAUUAGAGCCGAUGAUAUUAACAUUAUUGUGAAUUGUCUACAAGACUGGUGUUCAUCGUGCGAAGGUGUAUUGAGCUGUGUGGAAAAUCAAAUUCACAGGGCGAAUUCUGAGAAGAACAGAUGUAUACAAAGAAAGGCUGACAUCGAAAACGAGGUUGUCAACAUUAAGAAGACGCUGAAAACACAACUUCAAGAACGAUCUGAUGGUACCGAUGAAGUAAUGGCUACGGAUAGUCGAGAAACUUCGUCGUCUGGUGACAAAGGUAAGAAAUCCCAGAAAAUGAAGGGAUUAAAGAUUCUGCGCUAAAUCCUGUUCUUUUCGAAAAUGUAUAAAAGGUAAUGCACUUAUGGGUUUCUGAUCAAUUUGGUUCAUACCGAAGGUCUGGAAGUUUCUCAAUGUAAUAUUAUUAUUUUUUAAUUUCUCCUAUUAGAGCUUUCUAUGUUUGUUUUGUAUGUCAGAUUGAGUACUGACUUUAGUGAUCAAAAUAUUCACUUUAAAGUAAAAUUGAAAUGUAACAAAUGUGUACAUAAUAAAAUUUUCUAGUUUGACA